GUAUACCGUCCUGUUUCUCCUCAUUCUUCCCUCAUUUACCUCACAGUGUCCUAAGAUGCUGUAAACGUUUCUAGCCGACUUGAAUUGUGGUUUCCUGGCGUCUGUUUAACUCUUUGUCACUGCUGAUAGACUAAGUAUCUUAGCAAGAAAUUACUAGCGUGCCAGUCUUAGAUUUUGUUAGGUGUAGCUCAGACAUUACAGGGAACACAAUACAGUAUAAACCACAAGACAGAAGCAAUACCAGGAAGGGAUGUGACAGACCACAGUAAUCAUUUUGGGCACAAGUUAACUACUUGCCUUGAUUUGCCAAAACUUCAUUAUGGAUUAAUGGCUGAAUAACUCUGCAUGAAGAAAGUACACAAAAGAAGAGCAAAACAUAGCAAAGAGCGUGGCUAAUAACAAUAAUGGCAAACAGCAGCAAAGAGCGUAUUUGCGGGCCAGGUGCACCCCUUGGACAUGUGAAUGGUUUCCCCCCAGCUGUUUACCCAUUUGCUUUUAGUAGCGGAAUACGGAGUUCUCCUCCCUUCGAAGUGCUUGCCAAUGGAGGUUUCUUUAGAGGUUUCCCUACUGACCUUCCCAAGGAGAUGGCUUCUCUAUCUGUGGAGACACAGAGUACCAGCUCAGAAGAGAUGGUGCCCAGCUCCCCCUCCCCUCCUCCACCACCUCGUAUUUACAAGCCCUGCUUCGUGUGCAAUGACAAGUCCUCCGGAUAUCAUUAUGGGGUCAGCUCAUGUGAGGGAUGCAAGGGCUUCUUCCGACGCAGUAUACAGAAGAAUAUGGUGUAUACAUGUCACCGUGACAAGAACUGCCAAAUCAAUAAGGUGACCCGAAAUCGCUGCCAGUUUUGCAGACUGCAGAAAUGUUUCCAGGUUGGGAUGUCGAAAGAAGCAGUGAGAAAUGACAGGAAUAAGAAGAAGAAGGAAGUAAAGGAGGAGGUGAUGGUACCAGACAGCUAUGAGAUGCCUCCUGAGAUGGAGGAGCUCAUCCAAAAAGUCAGCAAAGCCCAUCAGGAAACAUUCCCAUCUUUAUGCCAGCUUGGCAAGUACACCACGAACUCCAGUGCGGAUCACAGAGUGCAGCUGGAUCUGGGCUUGUGGGAUAAAUUCAGUGAACUUGCCACUAAGUGCAUCAUCAAAAUAGUAGAAUUUGCUAAGCGCUUGCCUGGGUUUACUACACUCACUAUUGCUGACCAAAUCACCCUGUUGAAAGCUGCCUGCCUUGACAUUCUGAUGCUGCGGAUUUGCACUCGUUACACCCCAGAACAAGACACCAUGACCUUCUCAGAUGGACUCACCCUGAACCGGACUCAGAUGCACAAUGCCGGCUUUGGGCCUCUCACAGACUUGGUUUUUGCCUUUGCUGAUCAACUACUCCCGCUGGAAAUGGAUGACACAGAGACUGGUCUGCUGAGCGCCAUCUGUCUGAUUUGUGGAGAUCGAAUGGAUCUGGAAGAACCAGAAAAGGUGGAGAAACUGCAGGAACCACUGCUGGAGGCCCUUAAGUUUUAUGCUCGGCGGCGAAGACCCGACAAACCGUACAUGUUCCCUCGCAUGCUUAUGAAGAUUACAGAUUUACGUGGCAUCAGCACCAAAGGUGCAGAACGAGCUAUCACUCUAAAGAUGGAGAUUCCUGGCCCCAUGCCCCCACUUAUCCGUGAGAUGCUGGAGAACCCUGAAGCAUUUGAAGAUGGCUCAGACACCCCCAAGCCUAGUGAAACUUCAUCAAGUGAGAGCAGUGAGGGGAGCCCACCAGAUGAUGACAGCAAUGGCCCCAAAUCCCCCUAGCCAUCUCAGCAACGCAGGGGAAUGACAUUAACACUUUGUGAGAGCCAUUGGCUACACCCUUUUUUUAUAUGAGGCAUUCUUGGGUUAGCUAUAUCAGGUGGGCUUACAAUACAUCCUUCCUGAGGCUCAGAAUUGCUCUUAUUUACUGAUGCAAAAAGCCCUCCUCACUACAGGAGAGAGGACCGGGGUGGGCUUAUUUAAUUGUGGCUCUUCCUCUAAAAUCUUCAGGUAUCUAAAUACUGUAUAUGGAAUUUUCCAAGUCACAGGAGAGAGUUGUAACGUCUCUUUGAUGCAUCAAACAAAUGGACACAAGAAGCCCUUACGCUUAGAGGUGACAUGGAUUGUCCGAAGAAGCCUUAACCCUCAUUCAGCAUUUUGCCAAAGAUUAUGAUGACAUUUGACCCUCCAUGAAAAGGACUCUCAGUCUCACUAUGAGAAUGGACAAUUGGAGAGCCCAGCGAUACCAUAAUCAGAGAUAAUGCCUUUUUGGAUGGGUUGUAAAGCACAUUGCUCUGUGUGUACAUAUGCAUAUACUUAUAUAUACAUGCACACAUAUAUAUACAUAUAUGAUUGUGCAUCAUUAAAUAUAUUUGCUAUUGCAAUGUUUUAAAGCUUUUUUUCAUUGGCUGAAACGAGGUCAUGUGACUAUAAAUAAAGCCUGUUUAUUUCUUUUUAUUGACAUCAUCAGAUUUGAAUUAAAACAAAAUAAUUUGCCAACA